UUGCUGGAUUCCUUGUAGAUAAAAUAGGGAUUUGUAUUUUACAUAUAGGGCAAAAGAUGCCUUACACAGUUAUUGAGUAACUAAUGCUUUUUGCUUUGCUCUCUUAGGUGUCUCCUGAAUUCUCACUAUGUCUGAUGGGGACUAUGAUUACCUCAUCAAAUUUCUAGCGCUCGGUGAUUCUGGAGUGGGAAAGACCAGCCUCCUUUACCAGUACACAGAUGGCAAAUUUAAUUCCAAAUUUAUCACAACGGUGGGCAUUGACUUUCGGGAAAAGAGAGUGGUCUAUAGACCCAACGGGCCAGAUGGCRUUAGUGGCAGAGGGCAGAGGAUACAUCUUCAGCUCUGGGAUACUGCAGGGCAGGAAAGGUUUCGUAGCCUGACAACAGCUUUCUUCAGAGAUGCAAUGGGGUUUCUUCUACUCUUUGAUCUGACAAAUGAGCAAAGCUUCCUCAACGUCAGGAACUGGAUAAGUCAGCUACAAAUGCAUGCAUAUUGUGAAAACCCUGACAUUGUAUUAUGUGGAAACAAGAGUGAUCUGGAAGACCAAAGAGUGGUGAAAGAAGAAGAGGCAAAGGAACUUGCAGAAAAAUAUGGAAUACCCUAUUUUGAAACCAGUGCAGCUACUGGGAGUAACGUAAGCAAAGCCAUCGAUACUCUGCUUGACCUGAUCAUGAAGCGCAUGGAACGGUGUGUGGAUAAAUCCUGGAUCCCCGAAGGGGUCGUGCGCUCCAACGGCCACAGCUCUACGGAACACCUGAACGAGGAGCAAGACAAAGGCAAAUGUGGCUGCUAGCCGAGUUACAACAGUUGAAUUUAAUGUGUAUGCUAAGGUAUAGUACAGCUGCAGCUUAACUGUUUAACUUAUGGACCAACAGUGUCAUAUAGUUCUAGUAUGAAGCUAUAUUAAUUCUUGGUGUUUCCUUUUGAAUAAUUUUGGCUCUUGCUUGGAAGGUGUGCAAUUUAUGUGCAAUUUAUGUGCAGAGGGCAUCGUCUGAGCCCYCUUCUUUGGAGGACAGAAAAGGAGGGGAGUUUUCAUCACCAAAUGUAGAAAAAAUAUGUAUAGACAAUAGGAAAGGGUGGGCAUCUGCACAGCAUUCUCAGGUGCCAUUUUAAAGCUUCUCUGCAUACACAGACUAAGCACAUAGAUUAAAUAACAUGAGCGCUCUUAUUCUCUGCUAACAGUAAGUUCACCAACAGCGUUCAUGAUUCUGAACAGGUCUUGAUUCUACUUGAACAGAAAUGUUUUAUCAUUCCAUCAUUAGAUAAGUCAUGAAGAGCAAACCCUAAUUUUCCCACAAAAGCACAAAAUAACUUUUCUUUGCUCUUACAAACCAUUAGCUUCUAGUGAUGAAAACUAAGAGAACUAUUCUAUGUGGAAUAAAAAACUGUCCAGAGAAGCACAACAGGUGCACAUUUAAAGCAGUUUAGGUAUGUCAUGAAAUUGAACACUUAAACUACAACUGUACUAUAUGAAACAUAUCCAACACAUGUUUGAGACCUCCUGGCAUCAUCUGAAUUUUUAGAAUAUGCAUACGUUUAUAUGUAAAUGGCAUAAGUGUACAUCUGCUGUUUUAUUCCUUUUUAUAUUGGCUCUCAUAUCCUAGCAGGAACGCAGGGCAAACUAGACGUCAGCAGAAUCUCAUAAGAGCUAGUGCUUUAUGUUGAAUUGGUUUUACCAAACACAGAUUGGGAACCUUCCUUCAAAUUGGGACUGAGAAAUGAACAGUGAUUGUCCUCUGUGAGACACAGCUGUCUAAGAUACCACUUCUGUCUAAAUCAGUAUUUCUAUAAAUUCAUACUGCUCACUUUCCCCCUGCCAAACUUUGCAUCCAAAUCGUUGUUAUCAUAUA